UCAUCGUGAAAAUGCAGCCGUUCCAAUCCGCGACACGCCCUGAAGGCCCGAGGGAGUCCUCCCCCGAGAGGGCGAAGUCCCCAGAUACACCGACGGCGCCCGUCCUCAAUUUCUCCAUAGCGCGACUGAUGGAGCCGGACAGGAAGAAGUCUGCGUCGCCCGAGCCGAUACCUCCGCCGAACUUUCUGUCGUACGGUGCUCAUUUGCUCGACUCCGCGUUCAAGCAGUACAUACCUGCAGCGAGGCGACAGCUUGUCUCGCACUAUCCUCUAUUAUACUACGGGCCAGAUCUCGUCUCUCUAACGUACGCCCAUCAGCUGCACCUUCCCAGACCUCCACCCGUGCAGUCCCCUCCGCGACCGCCUAGUCCAAGGGCGCCAGCGGCAGAUCACGCGGUGUCUUCCACCACCGGCCCCACGCCGUCACCGGCGAAGAACAAGAGCUUUGCUUGCGGAGACUGCGGUAAGGUCUUCAACGCACACUACAACCUGACAAGACACAUGCCGGUCCACACGGGAGCUCGGCCGUUUGUGUGCAAAAUCUGCGGCAAAGGGUUCCGUCAAGCGUCCACAUUGUGCCGGCAUAAGAUCAUCCACACCUCAGAGAAACCGCAUAAAUGUAUGACGUGUGGUAAAGCUUUCAAUCGCUCCUCAACUUUAAAUACUCAUGCGAGAAUCCACGCUGGUUAUAAACCAUUCGUCUGCGAGUUUUGCGGUAAGGGAUUUCACCAAAAGGGUAACUAUAAGAACCAUAGACUGACGCAUAGCGGGGAAAAAGCUUACAAAUGCAAUAUUUGUAACAAGGCGUUCCACCAGAUCUAUAACCUUACUUUCCACAUGCACACACACAACGAAAGAAAGCCGUUCACUUGCAGCAUAUGCGCCAAAGGAUUCUGCAGGAACUUUGAUCUCAAAAAGCACACGAGAAAACUGCACAUGGGCGCAGGCAAUUCGAACAACGAAUCAUCUCUGGACACGCAGGACGAGUCAACCCAAGAGGCGACUACUAGUGCGGGUGAGGAAUCAAGCAGAGUAGCGUUCAGACCCUUUCUGAGCUCGUCGUACCCUCGGAUCCUCGACCCCGCACGCAUGACUGCUCCCAAUACGUUUUUCUCAAAACUUUUGUGACCCGCGAGCUAUUUUAAUUUUGGGGAGAGGAAUGAAUAAAUGAAUUGAACGUGGAUUCGAUUAUAGAUAUUUAUUGUUUGUACAUAAUACAUGUGUUUAGUUAAUUAUUGAUUUAGUAAAAUAUAAUGUAAAUAGAAUUUUACUUAGAAUAGACAUGUUAAAGUGAGUUAAUUAUAUUUAGUAAUGUAAGUAUAAGUAGAGACCUAAAUGGACUAACCUUUCGAUGCAUCUACUUAUAGCGUACCUAUAUUUGUAGAUAAUCAGUUAAACGCGUUUUUCUUAUUGCCGGUUCGAACUAGGGAAAACGCGCAUAUAAUAUAUCGAGAAAAAGUGUGCAAGAAUAAAAUAGAUUAUCUAUUAAGAGGACAAGUACAAUUUAUAUUACUUUACUGGAUUGCUAAGUUAUUUAAAAAUAUAACUAUUAAAUAUUAUAAUGCUGGGACCAUGCUGAAAGGGCUAUUUUAUCUUUUCAACCGGCGUUCCUUCAAUCUUAGUUGUUGAGAAAGGUUCUCAAUUCGAAUGAUUUUUUGCGUUAUUACUCGAUAACUCUGUGGGUUUCGACCGAUUGCUGUGAUUCUUUUUGUUUUUGAUAGGAAAUUUGUUGUCAACGUAGUUUCAUUUAAGAACGUGGAGAG